AUGGUCAAGGAGAGGAAAUUCUACGAUCUGCUCGGCGUUCCCGAGACAGCCUCAGAGAGCGAGCUGAAAAAGGCAUACAGGCAAAAAGCCUUGCGUUUACAUCCAGACAAGGGUGGUGACCCCGAGCUUUUCAAGGAGGUCACCCAUGCAUACCAGAUCCUGUCGGACGCGGACAAGCGGAGGAUCUACGACCAGCGGGGCGAGGCUGGCUUGUCAGAGAGCGGUGGCAUGGGCGGCAUGGACCCCCAGGACCUCUUCUCGCAACUAUUCGGCGGCGGCGGCGGCGGCUUCUUCGGUGGCGGCGGGCGGGAGCGCGGGCCGCGCAAGACGAAGGACCUCGUACACCGCAUCCACGUCUCGCUCGAGGACCUCUACAAGGGCAAGACGACCAAACUCGCUCUCACCCGCAACGUGCUCUGCCCCAAGUGUGACGGCCGCGGUGGCAAGGAGGGCGCCGUCAAGCAGUGCACGACGUGCCAUGGCCGCGGCGUGCGCAUCCAGCUCAGGCAGAUGGGCCCGAUGAUCCAGCAGAUGCAGAUGGCGUGCGAGGACUGUUCGGGCUUGGGCGAGAUCAUCAAUCGCAAAGACCAGUGCAAGAACUGUUCGGGACGCAAGACCGUCUCGGAGAAGAAGUUCCUCGAGGUCCAUAUCGAUCGUGGCAUGCAGAACGGCCAGACUAUCACUUUUGCUGGAGAGAGCGAUCAGGCGCCUGGUGUCGAGCCAGGAGACGUCGUCAUUGUCAUCGAGGAGAAGCCACACGAGAAGUUCCGCCGUCAACGCACGAAUCUCGAGACGGAUGUGGAGAUCGACCUUUUGACUGCGCUUGGCGGCGGCCAGUUCGCGAUCAAGCACCUCGACGAUCGCGCAUUGGUAGUGACCAUUCACCCCGGCGAAGUGAUCAAGCAGGACUCGAUCAAGGUCAUUCCCGGUCAAGGCAUGCCCUCCCAACGACACCACGAACCGGGCGAUCUUUAUAUCAAGAUCAACAUUCUAUGGCCCGAGAGCAUCGACCCGUCCAAGAUCGGUCUUCUCGAGCAAGUCCUGCCCCCACGAAAGGGCUUGCCGGCGUUUGGCAAGGGCGUGCUGCUCGAGGACGUCGACAUGCACGAGAUGGACGCAAGGCAGCGCGCAGCGGCCAUGGGCAACGAUGAGGCUAUGGACGAGGAUGAGGGCGAGCCGCGCGUGCAGUGCGCGAACCAGUAG